CAAGUAGGGAGUGCGUCUGAUAGAAGUUACUGCACAAGCAAGCACACUCAGGGAGAUAACAAAGAAAGUCAUGAUCUCAGGGUGCUGGAACUCUGGAUAUAGACGUAUUGAAGGAUCACAUUCUAUAAUACAGCUGAGAAAAUGUGCAAGAGCAGUGACUGAGUUCAGUAAUGAAGAAUCCACACCUUUCAUCCAUUGGAAGGACCAUCCAAUACAGGAUUCUGAAGAUGUUGAAGAUGGAAACAACCUCAGAAACUAUGUCAAGAAGAAGGAAGACCAAGGGACUCAUGAGAGCUUGGACUACCUACCACCUCACAGCGAAACAUACAAAGCGUAUCUCGAGGAGAAACCUCACAGAUCAGACUGGGAUCGCUGGGUGAUGAUGGGUCUCAUUGGAUUUGUGGUGGGUGCAAUGGGAUUUCUAAUGCAUCAAAUAAUUGACACUCUAUUUGAACGGAAGUGGGAGUUUGUGGAAGAGUAUAUCCAGCACAAUGAUUUUCUCUCAACCUGGAUAUAUAUACUUGGUAUGGGGUUUGCCAUGGUAAUAGUGGCAUCUGGCCUUGUGGUGUUUUUCUGUCCUUCUGGUUCACCUAGUGGGCUUCCGGAAGUCAUAGGGUAUCUAAAUGGAGCAUCAAUCAGGCAUAUUUUCAACAUAAGAACUUUCUUUGGAUCUUUCUUGUCCUGUGCACUGUCAGUGUCUGCAGGCAUCUUCUGUGGACCAGAAGCACCCAUGAUCCAUGUAGGGGCGGUGGUGGGGUGUGGGCUGAGCCAGUUUAAGUCUGAUACUUUACGGAUAAAUCUUCCCUGCUUCACAAGGUUUCGGAACUCAGCAGAUAAGAGGCAGUUUAUAACAGCUGGAGCAGCUGCAGGGAUCGCUUCAGUAUUUCGAGCUCCUGUUGGAGGACUUCUGUUUGCCCUGGAGGAAGUAGCUUCCUUCUGGGACAUCAAACUGGCAUGGCAAACUUUCUUCUGCUGUCUAAUUGCUUCCUUCACCACUGAAGUUCUCUCAUCUUCGUUUGGGGGCUUUGAGUACCAAGGUUAUUUUGGAUUUUUCAAAGCUGAGCAGAGAAUCAUAUUUUGGGUGAAAGAGCUACUGGAUAUGAGUGUCCUAGCAUUUAUUCCAACUAUUAUCAUCGGUGUUAUUGGUGGUGUUUUAGGUGCUUUUUUUGUAUUUCUGAAUGUACAAAUCAAUAAAGUGCGCAUGAAGCUUUUUAAUGCUGUGAGCAACAAGUGUCUUAGGCAAAUAAGCAAGCUUCUGGAGACCUUGUUGUUACUGGUAGUAACUAUGACAGUUACAGUUUUUACCCCAUACUUCUUCUCUUGCACGCCCGAUUCAACAGUUCACCACUUUACAAAUACAUCUGAUCCAUCACAUGAUGACCACAUACCCUGGGACGUGUCUGAAUAUAACUGUCCACCAGGAUCGACAUGGAUUGGACCAGAUGGAGAUCUGAAUUCAAACCACACAAUUAAUCAAGCUGCUGCACUUAUGGUGAAAAAUGGCAAGCAGGGAAUCAUGCUACUAUUCCAGCGAGGAAGCCAUGAAAAGUAUGGAUUUCCAGCUCUUUUUACCACCCUGGUCUUAUACUUUCUCAUAUCCUGCUGGACAGCCGGAACAGCGGCAGCAACAGGUCUGGUGGUGCCGAUGCUGUAUACUGGAGCAUUGUUUGGAAGGAUUGUUGGUGUAAUUCUGGUAUCUAUGUUUGGGGUUCGAAACGAUGAGUAUGGAGCAUGGAUUGAUCCUGGGCUUUUUGCAACAAUUGGAUCUGCAGCUUAUUUCAGUGGAGUAUCUAGGCUGACCAUCUCCCUCACAGUCAUCAUGGUUGAAUUGACUAACGAUGUACAGUCAAUUAUGCUCAUAAUGGUAGCGGUGAUGGUGGGCAAAACUGUGGGAGAUUACUUCAAUCACUCGCUCUUCAGCUCUUUGCUGCAGCUCAAAUGUAUCCCAUACCUAGAAGCAGAACCAUGUGUUAUCCAUGAGAAAAAGAAGGUGAACCUGGAAUUGUUCACUGCCAGAGAUGUCAUGAAGAAAUGUGCAGUAAUCCACCUUAAGGAAAAUGUUUUCUCAUUGGCUGAACUUCUUAACAAUACCAGUUAUAAUGGAUUCCCUAUUGUUUAUAGUCCUGAACUAGGCCAGCAAGAGGUCUUCCUGGGAACAAUUACAAGAUUGGAGUUGUACAUGUUGCUUUCGAACCCAAAGGUAUUUCAGAAGCCUGAAACAAAUGGAAUUGAUACUGCUGUACUCAAAUACCAGGAGGUAGCUGUGGAGAAGGUGCCUGAUGAGGGUCAGAUAAACUCCCUGCUUCAAAUGUACUCCACAGACCCACAGUAUCAGCAACUCUUCAUCAAUCUGGAACCUUACAUAAAUAAGUCUGCUGUGUCUGUGCAGAGCCAUUUCUCACUACAACGGACGUAUGUAAUAUUUCGAACUCUGGGACUUCGACACCUCACUGUGGUGGACCUUCAGAAUCGAGCGGUUGGAAUGAUCACUAGGAAGGACCUCAUUUUGUUAAGGCUGGAAAAAAGGCUGGUUAAACUAGACUCUGGGAAGCUUGAUUCUGAUGAGGAACUCUUAAAGUAGAAAAUCGGUCUGUCAGGAGAAAAGGGCUCACAAUAAAUACCAUAACAAUUCCAUAAUGACUACAGCGAAAUAAGUGAAAAUGUUGAUGUAAUGGCAACAGACUUAAAUGUAAUAACUAAAUUAUCAGUUUAUAUUAGCAUACAUGGUUGUUGAAUCAGAUUAAAUGUAAUGUCCUUUUGUUCAUAUUGACUUCUUUCAUGAAACGUUAGCUAUUUAUUUCUUACUGUGAUUACAAUCAAGAUUGCAUCUCUUAUAACUCUACUUUAUCAGGGUCAAGUACUGUAUGACCUCACAGUUAUGCCCCUGUUUAAAUGAAAAUAUAUUAUGACAACAUGUAAUAUAGUGGCAUGUAUAGGUCGAUGUGCGUACUAUGUAAGCAUGCAUAUUCAGUACAAAACAGCCAAUAAACAGAAACUUUAUAGUCUUCAUUA